AUGGCUGGAGACGAUGUUGAUGAUGUUAACUCCAGUGGUGUGACGGGUUCCGGUGGAGCUCGAGAUGGUGUGACAGGUUCCGGAGACCAACUACCAAGCGGUCCAACAGGUGUUCUACCAAGAGCCGAGAUGCCAAAUCCAGAAGAAAAUCUGAAGGUUUACUCACCGUACGAGCUUGCACCAUCAGAAAAUCCUGGAACGGCGAUCUCACCAGUGUUGUUAAACGGAGAAAACUAUGCCGAGUGGGCAUCGGAGUUGGAGAAUGCUCUCCGAGAUAAACGUAAAUCCGGUUUUAUCAAUGGAACUCUUUCAAGACCAAUUGAUAAACCGAGAGAACUGGAGGCAUGGAAUACGGUGAAUUCCAUGAUAGUAGGGUGGAUAAGAGCUUCCAUCUCUCCUAAAAUCAGAUCUACUGUUACAUUCACUUCCGAUGCACACAAGUUGUGGAUCGACCUUAUGACACGGUUUUCUGUCGGCAACGGAGUCCGUGUUCAUCAGCUCAAGUCUGAGCUUGCCUCUUGCAGACAAGAAGGCAUGAGUGUUAUGGAUUACUUUGGUAAGCUGUCGUCAAAGUGGGAGGAGCUUCUUAAUUACAAGCCUCUUCCUCAUUGUACCUGCUCGUGGAAUGCAAAGUUUAUGCAAGACUAUGAAGAGGAACGUGUUCAUCAAUUCCUUAUGGGAUUAGAUGAAUCUAGAUUUGGGAACGUGGUCACCAAUAUCAUUGGAACUGAACCACUUCCUGAACUUAAUAGUGUGUACCAGAAGGUUGUUCAAGAAGAAAGACGGUUGAACUCGUCUCGAGGAGAGGUCAAGCAAGAAGCUGUCGGGUUCAUGACUGUUAAAACAGAGCAGCCACAGACAAUCCGGGCGGUUGAGAAAAACCAGAAUGGCUCUCAAGGAGAUCGUGGUGGUCGUGGUAACAGUUCGAGAGGCAGAGGAGGAUUCUCACCUGGUCGUGGAAGAGGAGGAUUCUCACAGCAACAAUUCAGAUCAAAUGCUGCUCAGGCUUCUUCGCCUUCACUGGCGAGCUCGCUUCCCUCAUUCACAGCAGAUCAAUGGGCAGCCUUGUCACAGUUGAUCGACCAGCAGAAACCAACGACUGUACCCGAUCGCUUGAAUGGAAAUAACCAAACAGGUGAAGUCAUACUUGAUACAGGUGCCUCACAUCACAUGACGGGUGAUGCGAGCAUACUCACCUGA